AUGUCGUUCCUGUCGGGUUUCUACACUCGCCUCUCGGGCACCUUCAGCCGCCCGAAUGAAGAAGGCGACAUUACCGUUGUCAAGGUGACUCGGUCAGAUUCGUCCAACUCGAACGAUGCAUCAAGCCGCACGCUAUCUCCCGCAGACGACGCAGGAGAUGUCGACACUCCUGAGAAGGCACCUGUCUCUUCACGGCCGCAUGUUCCGCCAACGCCGUCCUUUGCUCCUCCAGCCACUCCGUUCGCUGGCCAAGCCUCGCCAGUAGUCAACCGAGCCGCUGCCGAACAACUGAUGCGCGAGGCUGGCGCUUCUGCCCCUACUCCUGCACUCAAGGCUACACCCUUCUUUGGUAUCUUUGCUCCGCCACAGACUCCCGCAGCUCGCAACUUGUCACCCGUCCGAAACUUGGCCGCUGAGGAGCAGCUCAGGCGCGAGAUGUUGGGCGACGUACCCGAGACACCUGCCACCAUCCAAGCCAAAGCAAGAGCGACUCCCAUGACACAAUACAAGACACCCGCUGCGUCACAUACCACACCAACUGAGCCCUUGACGGAACUGUCUGUCACUGCAGAUGCUUUCCAGACUCCCUCCAUCAUACCCUCGAAGCGCCAAGUCCACAAUCAAUCGCCAAUUCAGGAAGAGUCGGAGAUCGUUUUUGAGAACAUUGUGCAGGAGCCUCAAUCAUCUUCAACCGCCGAUAUUGAACAAGACGAGGCAGAGGAAGAAGACUCAGAGGCCUCAGCAGCGUCAUCGCCGCACGCAGCGGUUGAUAUGGAUUUGUCCGAAGCAGAAGAGAACGAUACAUCGACCACUUCGAUCGAGUCCAGCGAUUCUGAAAAGCGCCGUGUCAUGGUUAUAUCCGCCAACAAGGGCCGCAAGAAUCAAAGACGCUCUAAUCAGCGCAUCACAUCCAAGAGCUUUGAUGACAGGAGGACAAGAGUGCAAAAGCCAACACGACCAGGAGUGGGCAGAAGUGUUAGCGGAAGGGAGGAAAUGUUGAACAGAGCACGCAGGCGCUUCUACGAUGGCAAGGCCGGCAACAACAAACUCUUUUGA